UGAUUCUGUCGAAGUAUAUAAGACCGGAGUGGUUCCUCUUACGAUCAUCAGUUUGCUUUGUCAAUUGUAAUCGAAAGUAACCAUGAAACUUAUCUUUGCUUGUUUGGCUGUGCUUGCCGUUGGCUCCAUCAGUGCCACCCCAAUCUUGGGUAAUCUGGGCAACACACUUGGAGGUGUUGUAGGAACAGCAAACGGAGUUGUUAGCUCUGUUACCGGUGUUGUGGGCAAUUUGUCAAAAUCUCUCAAUGGAAUCGUUGCCAAUGUUCAAGGCGUACUCUCCCAAUUAGGCGAUGCCGUUGGAUCCAUUGUCAAAAUUGUACAGAAACUACUUGAAACUAUCACCGCCGCUUUGGACGAUAUCGUUGCCAAAAUCCAAGGACUUAUUCCACUCAGCGAGUGCGGUGGUCUUACCGAUGUUGUUGGUGGUCUUGUUGGCAAUGUUGGAUCCGCUCUCAACGACGUUGUUGCCUCUGUAGGAGGAAUUCUAGACAAUGUCACUGGCAGUGUUGAUGAACUCGUUGCCCAACUUGACGGUCUUCUCAACAACCUCCUUUGUGCCGUACAAGAUCUUCUCGCCACAGUCGUCGCAGCCGUUACCGAACUCCUCAGCCAAGUCAGUGCUGCAGUUGAUCAAGCACUUGCUGAACUCCAAUUGGCUCUCCGAUCGGUCAUCCAAAUCGUUGACGAAACCUUGGCUGCAUUAUUGGCCAAGCUCCAAGACAGCGCAAUCGGUGCUGCUUUGGACGGACUUUUCGCACAACUCUCCGUUAUUGUUAACGAACUUGUCAAAGAAGUGAGCUGUCUUGCUGAUAACAUCAUCGCAAGCGUACGAGACGCUCUAACCAGCUUACAAGCUACUUUGAACGAAAUCCUUGCCAAUCUUCAAGGUUCAUUGGGCAGCCUUGGACUCGAAUGCUCAGCCUAAAUCGAUGAGCUGCCGAAUUCACGUAUCGACAACUGGUUAAACUUAAUUGAAAUUUGAACUUGAAAUUAGUUUGUUUCUACUUUAGCAAAUAAAUAAAUUAAAAACUGCA